UUAAUCUAAAAAUGAAAAUUGUAUCUCUUGCCAUAUUUUUUGCAUCAAUAUAUUUAGUCAAGAGUGCUUCUUUAAAUAUUUUUGCUAGCAAGACCGAUUUAAAAGAAGGAGACAAUGUUACAAUAACAACCCAAGUUUUAAAUAUACCUGAUAAUCAAAUAGGUUUCAUAAAAUGGUUUUAUAAUGAAAGUAUAUUCAUAGCAACAGCAGCAUCUCCAAGUUCUUUUACAGUAGUGCCAGAAGGCAGAAUUAUUUUCGGUGACAGAGUUUCAGCUAGUCAUCAGUUAAACUCGGGCUAUUUAUUGAACUUUUAUAAUUUGCGAGCCAAUGAUUCUACGGUGUUCACAGUUACAUUAAUGCAACAGAUUGGUACAAUAGUUAAUUUUAUUAACAAAAAUUUUACUUUGGAUGUUAAAGCUGACCCAGUAAUUUUGAGUUUUCCUGAGGUGCUGUUUGUAAACGAUGGUAACGAACUGUUUGUAGAACUAACAGUAUAUGGUAGACCAAAACCUAGUAGCAAAAUAACGCAUGCAAACCAAGCAUUUAAUGCCAAUAGUUACAUUGACUUUACUAACAAUAUGUAUAAAUAUGUUUACAAUUUGAGUGCUUUUUAUGCCAAAGACUGUGGAAGUGUCUUGCUACUGGAUGUUUCUGGAAAUGGAAUAACAGUUUAUAGAAAUACAACAAUUUUUGUUCAAUUUACACCAGGAUUGAUAAGCCUUUCAUCACCAGUGGUGCAGUUGGAGAAUUUUUUCAUUUAUUUGAACUGGAAUCCAGUUCCUUCUGGAGCAUGUUCUGUUACAUAUAAUAUAGAAUUUAUUAACAACACCAAUCAGAUUGUCAAUCAGUUUUCUGAGAUUAAUACAACAUCAUUUUCAGCAGCUAACAAUGCUAAUGCAACAUAUUUUAGAAUAUAUGCUGUUUAUAAUGGUACACCAGGAAUUGCGUUUAAUCAAACUAUACCUAAUCCACAAUCAACUACUACAACUACAACAACAGCAGUUAAAAUAACCAUUCCAAGUUUAAAACCAGAAAUCAGUGCACGACAAGCAAACACUGGUUUAGGGACAGGAGUAGUAAUUGGAAUUGCAGUUGGUGCUGUUGUUUUUAUUCUUCUAAUUGGCAUCAUUAUUGUAGUUAUUGUCAAAAAAAAAACUUCUUCAUCAUCUAAGAACCAAAAUAAAAUUAUAGGGGGACCAAACAAGUCAAUCAAACCAGAUGCUUUUCCGUUAAAAGAUAAAAGAAAAAGUUCUGAUGAAAAAGAUUAUCCACCAUCUAAAAAAACUCAAGAUCCUGAUCAGAUGAUAUAUGCCCAAUUAGGUGCUGGUGGCGGCCGAACUGGUCCUAAACCAAAUCCAAUUAAUUCAAAUUAUGCUGAAAUUAAAGUUGAUGACAUGGGCUAUCCAGCUCGAGGACCAACUUCAGAUAGACUUCCUUCAAAUCCUCCACCAUAUGAUGAUGUGUCUCGUAGAUAUAGUCGACCACCUUCCGAAACAUUUGAUGAUGGAAUAAUUGUUUAAUAAAG